UGUCGCCGUAAGCAGCCUCGCCGCUCUGGCGUGGGCACAGGCUCAGUGCGGCCGAGCCUCCCACGCCAUCACCACCGGCCCCAAACGACCGCUCCACACAAAAAUCUUUUCCUCUUCGCUUCUUUUCUCUGAUAUUUCAGGAACGCGCUCCGUAGUACCUCUUUCCUGCUAACCCCUUCAAGUCUCCAGCACGUCGACAGAAUGGAUUCGGAACAGUUUCGCGCGGCUGCUCGUGAAAUGACAGACUACAUCAUUAACUAUUUGGAAAAUAUCAGAGACAGGCGUGUCUUGCCUGAGGUGGAGCCGGGGUACCUCCGCCCCCUUCUCCCCUCGCACGCUCCGGAACGUGGCGAGUCAUGGACUGAUGUCAUGGCGGACAUUGAACGCGUAAUCAUGCCAGGGGUAACACACUGGCAUUCCCCGCAGUUCCAUGCGUAUUUCCCAACUGCCAACAGUUACCCUUCCCUGCUGGCGGACAUGCUUUGUGGCGCCAUUGGCUGCAUCGGUUUCACUUGGAUUUCGUCGCCCGCAUGUACGGAGCUCGAGGUCGUCAUGAUGGACUGGCUGGGCCAACUGCUGGGCCUACCCAAGGAGUUCCUGGCGGCUUCUGGGGGCACGGGCGGAGGUGUUAUUCAGGGAACAGCCAGCGAGGCGACACUGGUGGCCAUGCUGUCUGCUCGCUCCAGGAUCACCAAGGCCCUGGAGGCCCGCCCCGACUAUGAGCCUGCCAUCGUUACCAAACUCGUCUGCUAUUCUUCUGACCAGGCGCACUCGUCGGUGGAACGCGCCAGCCUGCUCGCGGGGGUCAAGAUGCACAAGGUGCUAAGCGACGACAGCUUCUCUCUCCGCGGCCCUGCCCUCCGCCGGGCCAUUCAGGAGGACAAGCAAAAGGGCCUUAUUCCCUUCUUCGUGGUGGGCACCAUCGGGGCCACUCCGGCCUGCAGCUUCGACAACCUGCGGGAGAUCGGGGAGGUGGCGCAGGAAUUCGAGCUGUGGCACCACGUAGACGCCGCUUACGCAGGGUCAGCGCUGGUGUGCGAGGAAUACCGCUACCUGAUGGACGGAGUAGAGCUGGCCGAAAGCUUCAACUUCAACCCCCACAAAUGGCUACUUGUCAACUUCGACUGCUCUGCCAUGUGGAUAAAGAACGCACAUGAUGUGGUCGACGCCUUCAAUGUCGACCCGUUGUACCUCAAACACGACCGUCAGGGCCAGCAGCCUGACUACCGGCACUGGCAGAUCCCAUUGGGCAGGCGUUUUCGUUCUCUCAAGCUGUGGUUCGUCAUGCGGUUGUAUGGCAGGCAAGGGCUCCAGGACCACAUUAGGAAGCAGAUAGCGUUGGCUCAUGAGUUCGAAGCACUGGUAAGAGAGGACUCCCGAUUCGAAAUCUUCUUCCCUGUUACCCUCGGAUUGGUUUGCUUCCGCCUCAAGAACGAGAGCAAUGACAUUAAUGAUAGUCUGCUGAAAAGUAUCAACGCAGGCGGCGUCAUCCAUAUGGUUCCCUCCAAGGCUAAGGACACGUACUUUCUCAGGUUCGCAGUGUGCUCCAGAUUUACUGAACACGCAGAUAUUGUAAAAGCCUGGCAGGAAGUGAAGAAAGCGACUGAGAUUAUACUGGCCAAGCAUUAACUGCUUGAAGGAUGGUCCGCAAAGAAAAUUUGCCUUGGAAACUCCACGAAAAUGACCUUCAGUGAGGCAGAGCCCAGGCACUGGGAACACCAGUGAAGGCUAUUUUUUGUAAUGAAGAAGAGGCAUAACACUGAAAUUAUAAAUACACACACACACACACACACAAGUGCGCGCGCACACUUUACAUUAACCGCAAUUAUUGACAUCAAUUACCGACUUGUGUUAACAGUUCUGAUCCAUUUAUUGGGCGAGGUGUCCUUGUCGAUAAUACGAAGUAAAACCGACUUCCAGUGCUUUUUGUCACCAGCUUCAUGGCGCCAAAAGCAAGGAAACGACUGUCUUUCAUCAAUGUUGCCUCGGAUUUUGAAUAUGAAACAUAUCGAACAUCACAUUCCUUUUAGUUAUUAAAACUGAUGUACUGUUUUCUGACCAAAAGUCCAAUCAAAGAUGUCUCAUAUCUUGUCUUGAGAAUCAGUUAAAGCAACUCACAUUGAGGUGUUUCGAGGCAUAAUACACAGGGCUUUCGAUCAUAAUUGUACAUCAUACCGUUCAUCUCAUCUGGUGUUGAACAGUAAAGGGUUUUGAUGGUU